CGUGCUGCUAUCUCGCUCUCGAAAACAUCAUUAUUUGGCAGCGCUGCGUUGGAGCUACAGUUUUUUCGUGUGUUUCCCUCUUGAAGAUAAUUAAAAAUUAAUUAUUUGACUUAUUAUUAAGUUUUGGUAGCUGGCAGUGUUGUGUUUUGCUGUUUUAAUGGGGGCAAGAAGAGCGUAACCGCAAAACGAAAUCGGCGGACAAAAUCCGAUGUGAUGCACGUCCCUCUGGAUGUGUGUGUUUGUGUGUAUCUCUGUGAAGGGAAAAAGUUGUGCGUGUGUAUUCAAGAAAAGUAACAUCUCCCCCCGCAAAUUACAGCAGCCCAAUAGGCUCCCCCAAAUGCUCCCCAUCGCAGGCAAGUGCCAAUUCCGUGGCGUCGGCGUCAGCGUCAGCGCCAACGUUGGCGUCGCCGAACAUCUUCAUCCGCAUCUCCUCUCUUGUAUACUUGAAUUACCGCUUCAUUUUGAUUCCAGCUUUUGUCGCGUCCAUCUCGUAGUUCGUCUCCUGAAUGAUAUUUUCAACUUGUUUCGGGCCCUCUCUUUAUAUUUGUUUACCGUUGUAAUGUGCGUUGGGGAGAGGCUGGUCAGUGCCAAUGUGUGUGUGUGCCGGCUUAAUGAUAAUUGAAAAUCAGCAAUUAUAAUGACAGCGAUAUAAUAGGCACAGAUGUAGAUGCGUAUACACUAUGCCCGUCAAUUAGAUAAACCUCUUCAUGUCCUGCUGCAGCUGGCAGACGAAGUUUGUUGGGCAAUCCCAGUUGUCGGCAGUGAGACCCAUGUGAAAUGCCUUAUGAAAAAUUCAACAAAAAGCGCCGACAAUGGGAGGAUAGUGGUGUACUAGAGCUGAUUAAACUAUGGAAAGUCUGCGCCUAUGAGCUGCGCACCAUCAAACGCAAUGGCCAUCUGUACGUGGCUAUGGCCAAGCAGCUAACCUCACUGGGCGUCCCUGUUACUGCACUGGAGGUUCACUUCAAAGUCAACAAUCUAACACAGCGUUACAGACAGGAGCAAAAGACAUUCGAAACCACGGGCAUCAUCAGCACCUGGAAGUUCUACAGUCAAGUUGAUGAUGUUUUCAAGAGUCUCGCCGCACACACCGGUUACAAAGAUAAACGAAUGACGAGCGCGUCGAAUACCAGCAGCCUACCAUCUACAUCCGAGUCACCAGUUUGGAAAAAUCCAAUGUCGCAACAAGAGUUUAAUAGUAACAACGCGGAGGGGUUCUAUAAGACCGAGUACGGGAUGCAUCGGCACUUUAUGGACCACUCCCAGCCGCCUCCCAAUGCGGGGAAUGUGGACAAUUUUAUGUCCUCCUCGGCUGCUGUGGCAGCAGUGGCUGCAGCUGCCUCUGCUCGUCUGGCGGAUAACAACAUGGACCAGCAGAUGAACACCGCCGCUGGAGGUAGUGGAGCCAGUGGCGGAGGCGGCGGCAAUACAAAUGGUGGCGUUAGCAACUAUCAGAAGAUCAAAAAAUCCCACGAAGACUACGACAAGUUCGUUGACAUAGUUAAGAAUAUUGUGGACACCCAUAAGAGCACACCCGACAAGGUGGACACUUUCGGGGACUUUAUCAAGUCGUAUAUGAAGCGCUGGCCGGAGCGGUUGCAGGACGAAGCCAUCAACCAUAUUACAAACUAUGUGAUCGUGAAAAACAUGGAGCAUAGCAUGGUCAGUAGUCACAAUCCUGAGGGGGUGAACAACCGACAAUAACAAUACAAGCAGGAGCCCAGCAACUGAGCUAGUUGUUGGACGGAGUAGCUCCAAAUCCAGGAACAAGAAACCGUAACCGCAACUUGACAGAAGGCGAAGAAUACUUAAGGUGGCACUUCGUACUUAACCGCAUCUGAGUUGUGGCCAAGCUGAUUGGACAGACACACGGCAUACAGUAUUUUUUGUAUAGUUAAAAUAUACAACGGAGUUUUAGUUCUCUGUGACCGCUCUCUCUCGAUAUCGAAUUGACUUCAAUAUCUGGAAGCGGAAACAAUCGUACAUAGAGAUCCUAGAGUACAUUACGUUUAGAAACCAUUUCCUACAGUUAGCUGUAAACUAUUAUAAAUAAAUUAAUAAACGCUUUAACGAUUA